CGCGUCGCAUGUACAGAGCUGCACGGGCACUCCUCGAUCCCCUUCGUAAUUGAACUCGCUGGCUCACAAGGAACGUUCCAGCUUACAGCUAGGAUCCGAAAGGAACUCACCACCAGCUCGUCCUUCUCUUCUAUUCUCUUCUUCCUCCAGUGAGGCGCAAAGCUUGCGAGAUUUGAGCUCGUCUCGGUUUCCUUUCUUGCUCUGUUCUGCUGCUGUUGCUGCUGCUUCUUCCUCCUCUCCGGUGGGUUGCGCGAUGGAGGUGGCGUUAGCGCUUGCGGCCGCCGUGCUCCUCUUGUCCUCCACGCUCGCUGCCUCAGAGUUCUGCGUGUGCCGGUCGGACCAGCCGACGACGGUGCUGCAGAAGGCGAUCGACUUCUCGUGCGGGCCCCAGGGCAACGCCGACUGCUCGGCCAUCCUGCUGGGCGGCGGGUGCUACAACCCCAACACCGUCGCCGCGCACUGCUCCUGGGCCGCCAACAGCUACUACCAGAACAACAAGGCCAAGGGCGCCACCUGCGACUUCGACGGCGCCGCCACCAUCUCCACCACCGACCCCAGUUUCUCCGGCUGCACUUUCCCUUCGAGUGCCAGUGCUUCCGGGACGACGGCGGGCACCACGACCGUGGGCGGCGCGACGACGGGCACACUGAGCCCCGGCGUGGGCACCGGGUUCAACGGCACGAGCACGGGGAUGGGCAGCAGCCUGGGGCCGACAGGCACCAUGGACGGCGCCGCGGCCGGCCUGCUCCCCGGCGCCCAGCUGGCCGCCUUCCUCGCCGCCGCCAUCCUCUCCUUCCUCGCUCUGCACUAGCUCUUCCCCCUUCAUCCGCUUUGUUUUCAGCAUAGUUCCUUUUGUCCAGUAGUUCUCUGAACUAUCAAUGCAAGGAAAUGGAAUCGAUUUGUGAAUUGGUUGGACGGCUCCAGUUUCACCACUAAGUACUACUAGCCCACUACCCCCCGUGACUGCU